UCGGGAGCGCGCCUGGCUCCCUUUGGCAACCCUGCAUGUACCCGUAUGGAGGUUGCUUUUCUCCCCCGGCCUUAGUUGUCGCCCGCGAGUUCCUCUCCCUUCAGCUCGGCAAGUCAGGCCCGGGAGCAAGACGGGAGGGCGGGGCCGUCGGGCAGAACUAACUCCCAACCAGAACCUCCCGGCCUCGCGCGCGGCUCCACCGUCUCCUCCGCCGACAACCGCUGCCUCCUUUCUGCGGGCUGAGCUCUCGGAUGCUGGACGGCGCUGCCUGGGUUCUGCCCUCUCGCUGAGCAUCCGUCCGUCCCCGGCGCCGUCAACUUUGAUCGCCGAGGGAUAAAAGCUUGAGAGAGGGAAAGGCAGCUCGGCAAGUCUUGCCAGCGGGGCUGCUCCGAGGAUGGAACCGGCCGCGUACGGAGCUGGCAAAGCCGGGGGCGCCUUUGACCCCCAGACCUUCAUCCGGCAACCUCACACGAUCCUCCGGAUAGUUUCUUGGCUUUUUUCCAUUGUUGUGUUUGGCUGUAUUGUGAAUGAAGGCUUUAUCAACCAACCCAACACACCAGAACAGUUCUGCAUCUACAAUCGCAAUCAGAAUGCCUGCAACUAUGGUAUCACCGUGGGAGUCCUUGCAUUCCUCACCUGCCUCCUUUACUUAGCCCUAGAUGUCUACUUCCCACAGAUUAGCAGUGUCAAGGAUCGCAAAAAAGCUGUGCUUUCAGACAUUGGAGUAUCUGGCUUUUGGGCAUUUCUCUGGUUUGUUGGUUUUUGUUUCUUGGCUGACCAAUGGCGUGUUUCAAAGGAAGAGGAUAGUCCACUGAAUGAAGGAUCAGAUGCAGCCCGAGCAGCCAUUGCCUUCUCUUUUUUCUCCAUCUUCACCUGGGUGGGUCAGUCUUUUCUGGCAUUCCAGCGAUACCAACUUGGAGCGGAUUCAGCACUCUUCUCCCAGGACUACACAGAUCCAAGCCAGGAAGCCAGCAUGCCUUAUGCACCCUACACAAAUGAGGAUAUCACAGAUAGCAUGGAGACCUACCAGCAGCCCCCUUCCGCAGAUGCUUUUGAUGCUGGGACACAGGGGUAUCAAACGCAAGACUACUAAAAGCUGUUGGAGACCUAUUUCCCCUUCCCCCUGCCCACUCUCUUCUGCCACUGAGAAGUCAGCGUGCAAAACAGAUCAGAGCAAAACAGGUGACUCUUGGCCAGUUUUGGCCUUCUAGGUUCUCUCUCUCUCUUUUUUAUUUCUUCUUUACAGAAAAUGCCUCCUCCUCCAGAAUUCUCCAUCAUAACUAGAUUGCUCAUUGCAAAACAUUUUAUUGUUUGUGUUGCAGUGAUAGAUUCUUUGUAUGGGAAGCUCAAGCUGUCUUUCAGAGGGAAAGGAUGCCUUUGGUGGAAAGCAUAAGUCCUGGGAUACAGAUGAAUACUAGUUAAGAUGCCAGCGCAUAAAUAUAAGUGCUGAGAAACUAGAAUAAGAACUGGACAAAUGAGUCGAGCAUCCUAUAAAUGAGUAGUGAAAGUGGGCAAGCAAAGGUGAACGCUGUAUAUAGCAACAAGGAAAUAUAUGGAGGUGGCAAGCAGAAAAGGAUCUCAGGUAGAGAAUGGAAUCAUAAGAGUGUUGGAUGUGGAAUCUACAAUAAGCCAGGUUGGAUUUGAUAAUAGGAAGCUUUAAAAAUAUCCUGGAUUUUCAUGAAAUACUAAAAUGUUUUGUUUUGUGCACUCUUUUUUUAAAUUUUCAUUUUAUCUGCUUCAGGUUGAUAAUAUGUGGUUUCCUUCACAAACUGUUCCAAUGUUUGAUCACUUGUGAUUGGCUUUUUGGAGAGUUGAGAAGUAUUAAUGUGAUUCUCUGUCAAGUUCAAAAUGCAAAAUGUUAAAUACAGGCUGAAAAAUGAGACACAGAGUGGUUACAUUUGUUGCUGAAUACGAGACAGCUCUUCACAACAGACUCACAUCAGUUCAUUCUACUAUAGGCUAAAUCAAAUCAGAUGAACUGACUUUGUUUAGUUGACAAAACAGCAUAUGAGAAGAGGCCCAGUCACAAUCCACAAAAUUUAAAGUAAUUAAAUGACUGAUAAUUUCAUUCAAUUAUUUUUUCUCCAAAAAUGGAGAAAGUGUGCAAAUUGUGAGUUGUCAAGGAAUGAUAUAGCAUUCUAAAUCCAGGAUAAUGGCCAUGAAAUCUCCUUCAAAUUCAGACUCAUAGUUAACAGAUUGUCAUCAGGAUUAUAUUGUGCAAAUCACCAUUCAGUUGGAAAAACAAUGAGUGCUAAUAACAGUCUGGAAAAUCCUAUGACAACACAACCAUAUUGAGAUGUAAUUGAAGUACCACUGAACAAAAUUAUCUGUAUUAGUGGAAAUCCUCUUUUCCAUUUUUUUAAAAAAACAAAGCUGAUUUGCAGUUGAGAAGUGCCAAUGUUGAUAAAAUUAUAGUGAGUGAUGAACUCUAAUGAGGAAUGGACAUAAAUAUAAGCAAAAAUAGCUCUGAAUAAGACAGUACUUCUGCCCAGAAUGUUAUAUGGAACACAGUGUUGGGGAUGUCAGGAGAAACAUAAAAGUAAUUUCAAUGCAAUGGAAAUGAAUUACUUAAGAAGUGUAUGAGAUAAAGCAUGGUCAAGAAUGAAUAGGUAGAAAAUGAAUAUAGACUGAAUAUAAAAAUGAGCCACCAGUAUUGUACAAAAAAAGUAUAUUGAAAUGGUUUGGUCCUAUAAAAAAAUGAAUGAAGAUUGAUUUGCAGACUAAGUACAUGAAGAAAGAGUGUGUUGACAGGAAGGAGAAGACCAAGAAAGUCAUGUGGAAUGAAACUCAAAUUCUCCUAAGGAGAGAAGUUUCUUUUUCUUAUCUCAUGCCUUAACUUUCUUCAGUAUACUAUUUCUUGCUUUUUUACUGCACUGUUCAUUAUGUUGAUUAACCCAAAAGGGAAUAGUGUGAUGGAUACAUAAUAUAUGUAUACUAUUCAUAUAUUCAUGAUUCAAGCAAUUAAUAGGCUAAAUAAGAAACAAAUGAUACAAGUCUAAUCAGACAAAGGAUUAUUCAGAAGUAAACUCCAUCUCGUUCAAUUGGACUUGCUCUGGAGAAUUGUGUCUAGAAGUUUAAAAAUAUUUAUUCAUUAAUUUCUAAAGAAAAGUGCUCGGACCAAAUGUUGUCUGGAAACCAUAUUCAUUGUAUCAAAUGAUAAUGUCUUACAAGAAAAUAUUAACAUUUUGUAUAGAGUGUAACAAAACAGAAGUCUUCUAUCUUUUAAGCUCGUCUACAGUGGUCAGAGCGAAGGAAAUACCAUUAAGUUGUAUACCAAGAACAUUUGUAAAAAGGCUCAUCUACUCUUAAUGGUAUGUUACCCAAAGUAACUCCAAAAGUUAUUGAUUUGCAAGUCACUAGUACAAUAUCUUCCUGUCUCUCCUUAACCAGCUCUUCAUUCAGCAAGCUUUUACUGGCCUUUUCUCCUCUAAAGGAAACCAUAGAGUUAUUUUCAUUUAGGAGAUUUGCUUUAAGAGUACAAAUUUCACAACAUUUAAUGGAAUAAGCCUGUUGCUAAGCAAUACAAAACACUAAGUCAAAAGUGAAAAUGCAGUAUUCAGACUCAAUACUUAGCUAAUUUCCAAAAUCAUAUUUUCUUAAUUGUAUGUCAGGGAGCCAAAGAUGGAUCUCUUUGUCAUGAUGGCUGUGAACGAUAGAAACUGUAGUUCAGAUUAUGCUCCCACAUUGCCCUUAUUCUGAUAUACCUACAGAUAACCUUCCCAAUAUCACAGCAGUACAUCAUCAGGGCCACUCUAUAAAAUAAGGCAAUGCAGCAUUUGAAAUAUCAUUUGAUUAUGGGCAUCCACAAGGGGUUGUAUUGAAGUCUACAAGAUAGCAGACACAUAUUGCAAUUUUUUUAUCUGGAAAGUCAGUGGGCAUACAAAAGUGUAGGAUCUGGAUCCCAACAUUACACCUGCCUUCCUGCAGACAUUGACCUCUUUCCCCAGUGGAUAUUGCAGCUUUUGACCUCUGCUUUUAUUAAACCAAGCUAGUAUAAAUAGACAGUUCUUGCACAAAGAAGAAUAAAUCUCCAUAUAAUUAGUUCAGGCUUUGAAAGCAGAGAGCAAUGAAAUGAAAAGAAACACACACUGUGGUUUUUGGUCUUCCCCUUGUGUGUGGCUUGUACAAUGUUUUUUGUAUUAGAGUGACUUCAAUAUGUUUUCUAUUGUCUAUUUUUCUCUGGAAAUACCCUGUGAAGUGGGUGUGGCUACUAGGCAGCAUUAAGAGGAUGUGAUCAUCUGUAGCAGGGGUCUCUAAUCUUGGGAACUUUAAGUAUCUCUGGGAGUUGAAGUCCACAAGUCUUAAAGUUGUCAAGGUUGGAGACCCCUGAUCGGUAGCACUGAAGCACAAAGAACUUGGUCCUCUUAUGGUUCCAGGUGAAAGCAAUAUUGUAUAGACUUGAGAGGGGGGAUUCUCUUUCAAAGCCUCCGUUAUUGGAGUAGCCUUAUAUUUAGGCAUAUGGGAAAGGGGAGGAUGGUAGGGUUCUUAAUAAAUCAGGCUAGGGAUGCUUGAUUAUAGAAUUGGGUGGGAGACUAGAAAAUCUAGUGGUAUAGUUUUGUGAAUGUCACUGCAUUCAUGUCAAGUUACUUAGCAAAAAUGACAACUGGGGUUUGGCUUGUUGGAUAGGCCAAGCUACAUUAAACUCUUUAUUUACAAAUUGAACUCUAAAUUCUUGUAGUAAUGGACAUUACUUCAUGCCCCUUUUCUUUUCUCAUAUGGAUAUAAUUUUCAAUCCAAAUAGGAGCUUACCUCAGUCAUUCAGUAUCUAUUGCAAAGGCUAGCAAACAUUUUCACCUGACUAUGGUGAAAAUGUUAACUCAUUUAUGUCAUCCUGCAAACCAGGAUUGCAAGUAAGGGUAUUGAAUCUUUCACUUUAAAAUAAACA